AUGAGUGCGUUGAGCAUUAUUAAACACGGAGAAGAGAUACUGGGAGCCGCUUUCAAGCAAGCGUAUAUUGGUACACGAGAUGAGCUUGCGGCAGCGACGCAGCUAUCAAGCAAUGCAGGCAAGACUGGGCGCUGCACGACUUCCGAAUCAUUGGCCGCGGCACACGGCGCCAUCGAAAUGCACCGCGAAAUCCAUCGCUCUGCCGCCAUUGAGGAGAUAUCUCUCCGAGCCGAAGCCGGCAUCUUCCUGCGAUAUUCGACACCGUUGACCCUUACCUAUCUCCUGCAAUAUGCCAACUCCCUGAUCGUCAUCAUUGUCGCCUCCAGGUUCUCCACCGACGAGUUGGCUGGAGUUUCGCUGGGAAUCACCACCAGCAAUAUCAUCGGCUAUGCGAUCUUCGAAGGCAUGGCCACAGCGCUCGACACUCUGUGUUCGCAAGCAUAUGGCGCCUCACGCUUGACCGAUGUUGGAAUGCACACCAUUCGUUUCACCGUUUUCGUGCACCUGGUUGCUAUCCCUAUCGCCCUGCUCUGGUUCUUCUCCAAUAACCUUCUCCUGCUGGCUCACGUCCCAUCUCGUGCCCUUGCGGAGCAUGCCGGAACAUUUAUUCGCUAUCUGCUGAUUAGUAUCUCGGGGUAUGCGACAUUUGAAGCCGGAAAGAGGUACAUGCAAGCUCAAGGCAAUUUCUUGGCCGGAUUCUUCGUUCUCCUCGCCUGCCUGCCAAUUCAGAUUUUCUGCACAUGGGCUCUGGUGCAAGGAGGUGGAAUGCGAGUCGCCGGGGCUGCAUUGGUCGCUUCUGUGACGAAUCUUGUACUUCCUUUGCUACUUGCAGGAUACGCCAUGUUCGUCAACACCGAAGCACUCCAAUGUUGGCCAUCAUUUGAGCAGAUCCGACUUGGAUGGAGGAAGAAUUGGAAGAUCAUGGUUCUACUUGCCAUUCCUGGGGCCCUAAUGUCGCUGAGUGAGUGGCUCUGCUUCGAGAUCCUAACUUUCUGCACUUCCUAUGUUGGGACGGCUUCUCUGGCGGCGCAAACCUUCCUGUCUACCACAGCCGUUGUUGUGUGGCACAUUCCUUUCUCGGCAUCCAUUGCUUACAGCACUCGCAUCGGGCAGCUCGUCGGAGCGGGAUUGACAGCUUCUGUCGUCAAAGUCAUGAGAUGGUAUGCACUGGUCUUUGCAUGUAUCGGUAUCAUGGACUCGCUGCUCAGCUGCGGUAUUAUCCUACUCAUGCUGCGGUUCCUGGUGGACGAUGCUGAGGUCGACCAUCUAAUUGUCCUCGCUUUGCCAUAUGUUGCUGGCUUCGUCGUCUUCGAUGCCACCUCCAACUGGCCGCAUAGUGUUGUCGGAGGAUUUGGCUGGCAGAGCGUUGGCGCUUGGGUCACCGUCACCGUCAAUUACAUCUACGCCGUGCCACUGGCGCUGCUUCUGGAACUUGGAUCCCCCAAGUUGGGCAUUCGAGGGCUGUGGAUUGGUUUGGGGAGUGGACUUGCCAUCAUCACGGUGGUGGAAGCUGUCGUAGUAUGGCUGAAGCUGAAGAGAAUGGAUAGCAUCUUGUAG